AUGGCGCGGGGCCGUCGUGGUCGCCCUGCUUCAGUUCGCUCUCAUGUUUCGAGAGUCAACGCGGACAUUGAAGACCCUGUUGUCCGGCCGUCCAGGUCAAGAGAACAUCGAAGUUCAGGCCGUCGUAGUUCUCGCUCACAUGUUGCAGCUUCAAGCGGUUCUGGUCGUAGUGCUUCGCCUUCGCGAAGGAGUGUCCGCGAGCGUUCGCACCGUAGAAGUCGCUCGGCUUCUCGCAGCCCUGAGCCCCCAACGUGGGCGAAGGAAAUCUUAAAGGCCUUGGAGACGAAAACGCAAGAGGUCAAGGUUGUCAAAGAACAGCUCGACUCAUUAAAACGCAAGUCUGCGGAGGAGGAACCCGAGUUCAAAUAUAAGAGUAACAAGAAACAGUUCAAGUUCAACACUGACGUCAAGGAUAAGUUCAACCAGAUUUUAGAGAGGGCUGGGGCGGAUGACGCCAUCACUAAGAUUGCCAACGAAGGUAUGUCACUCCUUGAUAACAGAAAUAAGCUUAUUUCUAUUGCUGACCGGGAUGGCUGGGACGUGGUAGAAUAUUUUGAGGCGGACCCACUCACUAAAAAUGACGAAGAAGAAAAGAAACUUCGUGUCGCGCGCAAGGAAGCAGAGAGGUCUCGGGAGAAACGAAAUCGAAAAAAUAGUCUGAGAAGCAAAAUGAGAACUCGUUUUAAGUCUCAGUCUACAUCUUCCAAAAGCGGCCCCAGUGCUAAUUUUGGCCCAUCACAUAGAAUCGUGGAUUUCCGCCCAGACGUCGGUCAGCUUUUGGUUAAUCCUGUACCGGAGAAAAAAGCUCCUGUUUAUCGCUGCUUUGGUUGUGGCAAAGCAGGCCAUUUUAUCAAGGAUUGUAAAGUUUCCUCUUCCGCUAAAUGACUAGCUGACUCUGAUUUUGACGAAUUUUCGGAUCGCGGCGAGGCUGAACUUGACACGGGCGUUUCCUCAGUAUUUUGGAUUCGAGGCCGCUUGCGCAAGUUUUUGCAUGUUUGGCGUUCUAUUGGGGCCUCUUCUUUUGUUCUUAGUGUUAUUGAAAACGGUUAUAAGUUACCAUUUGUUUCAAUUCCAUUGAGGUAUUUCUUUAGUAAUCAUAAAAGCGCUGUUGAUAAUAGAGCUUUUGUUUGUGAAGCUAUCGAGCAAUUGUUGUUGGCGGGUAGCGCGGUGGAAGUCAAGCGUGACCAAGUUCAUGUUUGCAGUCCCUUAGGUGUAGUUCCUAAAAAGAAUGGCAAACUUCGAUUGAUUCUCGACCUUCGCUUUCUUAACAAGCACCUAGCCAAGCGUAAGUUUAAGUUCGAAGACCUUCGAGUUGUGGCGGAAAUUCUUCAGCCCGGUGAUUGGUUUUUACUUUCGAUCUUCGUAAUGGCUACCAUCAUGUUGACAUUUUUCAAGAGCAUUGAAGUAUUUGGCUUUUUUUCGUUUACUUUCGAUGGUAAGCCACGCUAUUUUUUGUUUUGUUCGCUUCCUUUUGGUUUAAGUACGUCUCCUUACGUUUUCACCAAAUUGUUAAGACCAGUUUUUUCACACUGGCGGUCACAAGGCAUUAGGAUUUCUGUCUAUUUGGACGACGGUAUCGGCACCGAUUCAAGUAAAGAUUCGUGUUCUCAGGAAGCGCAACUAGUGCGAGGCGAUCUUGAUCGUCUUGGCCUGCUAGUGAAUGAGGAGAAGAGCAAUUUUGAACCGCGCCAAAAAGGGGAGCACUUAGGCUUUAUUUUGGACCUUACCAAAGGAGAAUUUAGUAUCCCACCAGGCAAGAUUGAUCACCUGUUUAAUCUGAUUUCACUGCUUCUUGACGAUGUUUCACCCACGGCUAGGGAUGUGUCUCGUAUUACGGGUACCCUUAUUUCCAUGGAGCUCGCUUUAGGUCCAAUUGUGCGUUUGCGCACCCGAGCCUUGUACGCAGUCCUUAAUAGCGUUCAUAGCCUUAGCUGCAAGGUGGCUUUAACGCGUGAAGCUGUAGAGGAACUUAAUUUUUGAGAGAUAAUUUCUUUCGUUUGUGCGGCAAACCAAUCUGGAGGCCCUCCCCGAAGAUAGAGCUUUUGUCUUAUUCGGAUGCCAGCAAUGUGGGUUGGGCGGGAUUUAUUGUUCAAUUUGGUACGCACAUCGCUAGAGGGAACUGGUUGGGUUCCGAGGCCCUAUGCAGCUCUUCUUUCCGCGAGAUUCGUGCAAUUAGAUUUGUUCUUCAGUCGUUUUCCGGUCUUUUGGCGGGUAAGGAGUGCAAGCAUAGAUCUGACAAUCAGAGCGUCUGCAGUAUUUUGUCCGUCGGCAGUAGUAAGCCUCAUUUGCAAAAAAAGCGGUUGCCAUUUACAAUUUGUGCCAUGAAGCCGGCAUUCGCUUUUCUGCGGAGUGGAUACCUCGCCACUUUAAUUUCAAAGCUGAUUAUUGGUCGAAAGUUGUCGACACCGAUGAUUGGAUGCUCAACCCUGUCCAUUUUCGCCAGUUGGAUAUUCUGUGGGGACCCCACACUGUAGAUCGUUUUGCGAGUCAUAAUUCUUUCCAGUUGCCCAGGUUUUGUUCUCGAUGGUGAUGUCCUGGGACCGAAACUGUUGAUGCUUUUUACCGUCAGCUGGGGAGGGAAAACAAUUGGUUGGUCCCCCAGUGUUCCUUAUUCCCAGGGUUAUCAAUCACAUGAAACUGGGUAGAGAGCAGGGCACUCUCAUUAUCCCCUUUUGGCAAUCUGCUCAUUGGUGGCCGUUGGUGUCUCGAAGCCCCCGGGGUUUUCCACCCUUUUGUUCUUGACUGGCGGGAGAUUCCUUUACAUGAAUCUACUUUUCUCCCUGGUUCCGCAGCCGCGGAUCUUUUCGGGCAUGGUAUUCCCUCGUGUAGGGUAUUUGCUUUGAGAAUUGUGUUUCCUUAGUUUUGCUGUAGAACGUUUUUCGGGUAUUAGAUGAGUACCUUGAACGAGUUGUUCAUCCUAAUUAUUUGUUUUUGUUCUAUCUGAGCCUUUUUGGCCUAGGCGUGGGCCUUUUCUCUUUGCAAGUCAGUGGACUUGGAACUGUACUAGUACGCACGAGUUGUGCAGCUGAAGCAAGCCGAGAGGGCACUGCCGACACAGUAGUGUGUUCGUUUUUAGAGUCAAGUGGACUCCUCUAUCCUUUGUGUGGAUUUGCUUACCAGUUGACGCCGAGUGGGCCAAGCCUCCUUGUGCUGGAGUGUGUACUGGUGCUGUGUUAACUUGCCAUGUGGGCAGUUCUCGUUGCAGACGAUGAGUAUCUUGCGCGUUUAGUGUUCUGUAGCAAUUGGAUGUUGUUCCUGUCUUUAAAGUGCCAUGUUUUGGACAUUGUUGAUUUUCACUUUAGGCUUGUCGCCUUACCAACGGAGCAACGCGGAGAUUCAGAGGCUUGUAGAACUGUUAAAGACUGUCAUACUUAAUGACUGUGCCGCUUCAACCGUGUCUUCGUAUGCAGGGGCAGCCAAUCGAUGGAUUGACUGGUGCAAGUGUUACUCGUUUCCUCCUUUACAGUCUAACCCAACCGCAGUUGCUCUCUACUUAACAAGUCUUUCAGACCGAGGAUUAUCUCGCUCGUCAAUCCUUGGAGCAGCUUAUGGCAUUGCAUGGCUACAUAAGAAACUUGGAUGUCCUAAUCCUGUCGACGAUCCGCUCGUUUCUCAGACCUUGGCUGGCUUUAAACGCCUCCUGGCUGGUCCAUCUAGGAAAAAGCAGCCUAUUGAAUCUCAUCACGUCAGGGCGCUGAUUCGUUCCUACGGUCACCCUCGUGCUUCUCUACCGAACCUACAAAUGGUGUCGCUGGUUGCGCUUGGUUUUUGUGCUUUCCUACGUUGGUCAGAGCUGCGUGACUUACAUAACAUAACAUAACAUAAAACUUUAUUUAAACUCGAAUUUUAGAGUAGCUAACAAGCUAAUAUCUUCGAGCUGACACUACAUAAAAACUAUAUAGAAAAUAUAUAUAUACAUUAAAUGCAAGGAAAGAAAAUAUCAUUUACUUACGUGCCUGUGACUUAAGGUUUUGCGCCACCCACAUGUCUAUUUUCCUAGACAGGCGUAAGAACGAUCAAUUCCGUCAGGGAUCUGUGGUUAAAGUUGCUCGUUUACCUUCCAGCUCUUGUCCAGUGAAACUGUUAGAGUUAUUCCUUGAGCGCGGAGAGCAUCAACCAUCUCAGUCUUUAUUUUGUCUCUGCCAGAAAUUGGGUGCCGGGUACAAGCUGCGACAAGCUGCUCUGUCAUAUUCUCGGGCACGGGAACAGUUUCGUCAAAUGAUUUCCGAACUUGGUUUAGACUCGAACGAAUUUGGUUUACAUAGCCUUCGUUCAGGUGGUGCUUCCCAAGCAGCACGCAGCGGAGUUUCUGGGAGAGUAUGGCGUAGACAUGGUGGUUGGCGCAGUAUCCAAGCCGCAGAUGGUUAUGUCGAUGAAUCUUUGGAAAAUACCCUUGUGGUAUCUAGAAAUUUGGCUCUUUAA